UAUUAUUAGACCCUUUCUCUUAGAGCCAAGAGGUUUAAGUUAUAACAUUACUUGAAGAGAUUACCAAUUGAUAGAAAAAAUAUGAAGUUCCAUUUGGUGCUAGUUGUUCUAAUAGGCACCAUAUUUGGAAUUGGGCUUGAAGGGUGCCAAUGCAAGGUUGUGCAGUUCAUUUUUGGAGACUCCCUCUCGGAUGUUGGAAAUAACAAGUACCUCUCUAAGAGCCUUGCUCAGGCAAGUUUACCUUGGUAUGGUAUUGAUUUGGGUAAUGGUCUACCUAAUGGUAGGUUCUCAAAUGGUCGCACGGUUGCUGAUAUAAUAGGUGACAAUAUGGGCCUUCCGAGGCCUCCAGCAUUCCUUGAUCCUUCUCUAUCUGAAGAUGUUAUAUUGGAAAAUGGAGUGAAUUAUGCUUCUGGGGGUGGAGGCAUCUUGAAUGAAACUGGCAGUUAUUUUAUUCAAAGGUUUUCUCUCUACAAGCAAAUUGAGCUGUUUCAGGGGACACAAGAACUGAUUAGAAGCAGAAUUGGGAAAGAGGAGGCAGAAACGUUUUUCCAGGAAGCUCAUUAUGUUGUUGCUUUAGGCAGCAAUGACUUCAUCAACAACUACUUGAUGCCUGUUUACAGUGAUUCGUGGACAUAUAACGAUCAAACCUUCAUAGACUACUUGAUAGGAACUCUACGAGAACAAUUGAAGCUACUGCAUGGUCUAGGAGCAAGGCAGUUGAUGGUGUUUGGGCUGGGCCCAAUGGGAUGCAUUCCACUUCAAAGGGUGCUUAGUACAUCUGGGGAAUGUCAAGAUAGAACAAACAAUCUUGCUAUUAGCUUUAAUAAGGCUACAACCAAGUUAGUAGUUGACUUGGGAAAGCAACUUCCCAAUUCAAGCUAUAGAUUUGGAGAUGCAUAUGACGUUGUUAAUGAUGUGAUUAGCAACCCGAAUAAAUAUGGGUUUCAAAACUCAGACUCACCCUGUUGCUCCUUUGGAAAUAUUCGACCGGCUCUUACAUGUAUACCUGCAUCAAAACUGUGCAAAGAUAGAAGCAAGUACGUUUUUUGGGACGAGUAUCAUCCCUCAGACAGAGCUAAUGAGCUAAUUGCCAAUGAGCUCAUCAAGAAAUUUGGGUUUGUGCGUGUUGAUCAAACAACACCUCCUUCACCAUCACCCGCUCUUGCUCCAUCUUCAGACGAUUAAUCAUGCAUGUGAAGGUGGGUCAGCCUGUUUAAUCCACCAACCCAUAAUGGGUUGGGUCAAGCCAUAAAUUGUUAGGACUCAACAAAAAAAUGGGUCAAGUUGGGCCAACCCGUUUAUAAGGUGGGUUGGGCCCAACAAUUUGGGUUGACCUGUUUUUGAUAGCAUUAGCGAGAAUACAUGACCCCAAGUUGUUCUCAACAAUAUCCUUGACUCCGUGGAGAACGGUGUUGCCAAUGUGACAACAUUGGUUGUAGAGCAUGAUGUGGUUGACCGUCAACUUGAGUCUCAAGAGCUUGGAUACAUAGUGAUUGUGGUCGAGAACGGUGUCAACGCAUGAAGUGGUGUGUAUUACGAAUUAUUCAAUCUGUAAUACAUUUAUUUAUAUUAUGAAUUGCUUA